UACUGUUUUGUAGGACGGAGCUGUCUGCGGGAUGGUCUGCCUAUCCCGCGUUUCCUCUGCCCUGCUCCCGAGAGUUGUUUCAUGCUGGUUUCUGUGUUGAUUUGUGAUUGUGUCGCCUGGUGAACGUUUCAGGUCUGAUGGUGCCACUUGCGGCGCUGUUGUUAGCCCCCAUUAGUCCAGUCUGACUUGCACACAGAAGGAUCGGAUAAGCCCCCGGGCCGGACAGCAGCUAUUCUUCUUCUCGGAGUCUUCGCCUCAUCCUUGCCCUGUGCGAGCAUGGCACCCCAGAGUCUGCCUGGUCAGCCUGGGACGGAACCUUCCCUUUCAUCUGAGCCCGGCUCCUCCUCUUCUCCCCUGCCUCACUCGGGAUGCAGUUGCCCCAGAUACUGCGGUAGCUGCCGGCUCUUCUUGGGAUUUUUCGCGCUGUCACUCUCGCUGCAUCUAGUGACAAUAUGCUGCUAUCUAGAACUUCGCUCUGAACUUCGGCGAGAUCAUAACCCAGGAAAUAUCGCCUCUUCCCGAGACUCUGGCCCGGGUACCAGUGACGCCCAUGGAGGCUUAUCACAAGUUGGCAGGAAUGCCCUGCGGCUAUCUGACUUGCAGCUCCAAGCGACCUCCCCGCUGCAUCAGGUGGCUUUGUUAAAUAGCUUGAGAACUGAGGACAGCUCACAUCUGGAGGCAGAAAACAGGCAUUUUCGGAGGACAAAACGCAACAAAGGAAGUGAUGGUUCUGAAAAUCCAAGCUCCAACAAAAACAAGAAAAAGGGUAAAAAGGUUGGACCUCCAGGGCCUACGGGUCCUCAGGGGGCAACUGGGCCUCCUGGACCACCAGGGCCUCCAGGAAUUCCAGGUAUACCCGGGAUACCUGGAACAUCUCAAAUGGGUCCUCCUGGUCCUCCUGGACCACCAGGCCCUCAAGGCCCCCCUGGAAUUCAGGGACCAACAGGGGCAACAGAAAAAGCAGGUCCUAGAGAGACUCAGCCAGCAGUGGUACAUCUUCAAGGUCAAGGCUCUGCUAUACAAGUCAAAAAUGAUCUUUCAGGUGGAAUUCUCCACGACUGGUCCCGGAUUGCCAUGAACCACAGGGUGUUUAAGCUGCACACCCGUAGCGGUGAACUGGAGGUGCUAGUGGAUGGUACCUACCUCAUCUAUAGUCAGGUAGAAGUUUACUAUAUCAACUUCACAGACUUCGCCAGUUAUGAGGUUGUAGUGGAUGAGAAGCCUUUCCUGCAGUGUACACGCAGCAUAGAACCUGGUAAGACCAACUUCAACACCUGCUACACUGCUGGUGUUUGCCUCUUAAAAGCCAAGCAGAAGAUUGCAGUAAAGAUGGUCCAUGCAGAUAUCUCAAUCAACAUGAGCAAACACACAACAUUCUUUGGGGCCAUACGGUUGGGAGAGGCACCUGGAUCAUAAUUCUUGUGGGAAAAUAAUAUAUGGACCACUUAUUGUUGCUGCCCACACUAUGGUUUUACAACUACAAUAAAUAUGGCCCUCUUCUUUUAGUCAUAUGAAUGCGUUACUGGGCCAAAAAUGGAAAUUCAAACUCCUACUCUUUGUAUAAAUAAUACUAAGAGUUUGAAAAGAAAAGAAGAGGACAUGAAGAAUGUUUGGUUUUAUUGUAUUUUUUGUUUUUGUUUUGUGGAUAAGAUGCACUGUGAUUUCCAAAUCCUCAGUUGAAGAAGUUGGACAGUUUUGUAGCUGUGGGAACAGUACAAUUCCGCCAGUGUUUUUUGCAGGCAUGUUAGGAUUUUUGUUGCACUACUUGGGUUCCGCCUAAAGAAAAGAAAAAAAAUAAAAUCUGUUGAUUAUUCGGGACAUACAUUUAAAUACAAAUUAAACAAAAGUACCAUUUUGUGGUCUUUUCCCCCUGUUGUUAAAUGUUUAAUACAUACACUACAGACAAAUUCAUUCACCCUUGAUUAUAAAGGAUAAUUCACUACAGUAUUAAAAAAGCCAGAAUAAUACCAAUUGUGCUUUAAACACAACCAAUUCUAAGCUGUUGUAUUAGGAAUAUGCCACUUCGAAAAACAUUCAGUGUACAUUUAAAUAUGUAAAAUAAAACUCUUUGUUGCUUUUUAUUAUUUAUUAAAUUAAGAAGUUCUGCUAGCUGGAUGUUUUAUGGAGAACAACACAUUUUCUCUGGUUGCCUUAAGAUGUAGUAACUAACAUUAGAGAUUUAUUGUUUAUUUUCUAUAGCUAUAUAACAGUAUAAUUCAUUUUCAAUGACAGCCAGGCUGUGAUAUAAUACCGCCGCCCAGAACAAAUCUGCAAGUAUUUAUUAAUGUAUUUUACAUGGAAUGAUACAUAUGUCACAUGCAUUUUUUUCAUGAACAUUCAGCAGUAUCACAUAUGUAUGAGCAUGAACUUUUACCACCAUUUUGUUUUAUAGACCACACCCAUUUUGCCAGUAUAUUUUUAAGAUGAAAUAUACUACAAGUUCAAGCUUUGACAGGUGCGGGGCAUGUAAGUGUUAAAUCCCAAAUAUGUAUGAAAUUGGAACCAGCAAGUUAUAAGUAAAGUUUCCUAUCAUAUUGCACUGACGUCAUUUUUUAAAAUUCAUAUUAUCAUUAUUAUCCAGCUGUAUGGUAACUCAGAAUAAGUUGCCCAACACUUCUGGCAUUAAAAGUGAUAUAAAAACAGAUAAA